UGGCUCCCAUGUGUCUCUCCCUCAGCCUCUCUCCCGCCAUUCCUUAAAACCCCGUAAACAAUCCAUACACCAAAUAUCAAACCUUGAAAAUGUCUACUAUUUUCUCAACUAACCCACUUGCUAUUCGAUUAUUUCAUUCAAAUUCACAGCGUUAUGCGUGUUACUUGCAUAGAACAACGAGAAUAGGGCAAGCAGAGACUCACAUUCAGACAAGUUAUCCAAUUUCCUUCUUGGGUUUUCUGAAAUUCAGCAAGAGGAGAAAUUUCAUAUGUGCAGUCAGUAAAGAUCCUGAAGAAUCUUUCAAAAAGACUGUGGAGGUGGAUAUGCUUAUAGAUACUCUCAGGAAAGCAAGUGAUAAGGAACUGCCACAACUAGUUGUGGAGAACGUUCUUGCUUUCAAUGAGAGCUUUUGGAUAAGGCUCGCAGCUAGAGCAGACACCUGCAAAUCUGAUGAUGACAAAAAAGACUAUGAAGAGCUGGCAUUGACAGUAAUGAGCAUCGUGGAUCGUCUUGUUCACAAAACAAAUGAAAAGAUAGAAGCAUCUACUGACGUGCUCAAAGCAAUCUUAAAACCUGUGGUUGAUGAAGUGGAAGAAAUUUCUUGGCCUCUUAGAGAUCCUGAGGCUCUCAGUCUUAUGGAGAACGAAAUAAAUCAAAGGGAGCAAGAAGGCCAACUUGAUGAAGGGUUCCUUGCAGAAGUCAAUGCACAGUUGCGGCAAGCUAAAAAAGAUGGGGAUAAGCCAGGACUUGAAGCUAUGUUACAAAAAGUUCUGCAAUUGUAUGCUUCCAGAGUGCUGUCAAAGCGGAGUUAUGCAAAAAAAGGAAAUGAAGUGUUAAAAGCUGAACAGCUUCUUGAGACCAUUAUCAAAGCACCUGAGGAGGAAUGGAACAAGCUUUUGCUAGAUGGCAUGACACUUGGAAAAGGUGAUAUUUCACCUGAGGAAUUGAAUGCUGUUAUUAAGAAGAGAAUGGAACGGACUUUGAUACGUACGGAGGGCGGUUCGUACCAGCAGCGAGUUCUGAUUGAGUAUCUGAAAGGUAUUGAGUCAAGAGCAGGGGAGAUUGUCAGAGUACUCCGAGGUUGAGACGUGGUAGUAAAAUAGUAAUUGCAUCUGGAGGUACCAUAAGUCCACAUUCUUUAUAUGAGAAGCGUGAUGAUAUGCAGACAUAUAUUAUCAUUUCUUUGCCAUGCAUUACUGAGCAGCGGCCUUUAUAAAUCAAUCUGAGAUCCACAAUCGAAGCCUUUGAGCUAUGAGGUCCCUAUCAUGUCUAACGUCUUCCAUUUUUGUCUCAUCAUUUAUAUCAUCUUUUUUAUCCAAUUUCUCUUCUUCUAUCUCCUAAUUGGUCCCUUGUACAUUCUUCAACCUGUAAAUCCGGAAUCACGAGUUUUUCUGAGUGCAAUACGGCAAUGUGGCCCUGCAGUUUUGGCAAAGAUUUGCAUGACCUGCAUUAAUCGAUUGUAAACUGGUGGAACUGUACUCCAUUGUCUCUGUUAAUGAAAUCUAUCAAUUGGUUUUCAUUUCAUGGUUAACAA